GUGAAGAAAUGUUAUAAAAGUAGCAAUAAAAAUGAGGUGUAGUGAAUUUUUGCAACAUAGACGAGCUCACAGUAGGUAUAUCUAUGCAUUUUGCUGCGAGAACAUGCCGUUUUAAGGAUUUGUCUACAAGGUUAAGAUUUUUAUGCUGCAGAGAACGAAUCGGCUCUAUUCUCUACCUUCUAUUCUAUGUUGCAGUGAUUUUGCGGCUGUCUGAUGAAACACCCAUGGCAGAAAUCAACAAGGUCACGCAGCAGGAUUUAGCAUUUGUGGCCGAGUUUUUGAAGGAGAGUUUUACUGAGGAGCAAAGUGUUCCUCCGCAAGUAAAGACUGAAGUAUCCAGUGAUCAGGCGAAACCUAGUUUUCACCUGGAGAGAGUUGGCCAGUACCUAAAGGAUGAGCCACUGCAUUUCCCCCCAGACACUUCUACUAACCCCUGGGAACAGGUGCUAUCCGAGAAUGCCAAUCUGCGAGACCACAAAUCACACUUUCCUCAUGACACAAAGAAGUCGCUGAUACAGCAGUACUCCGAGUUGAAGAGAAUCCUUGACGAUGUUUUUGACCAGCCAGCAUUUGUGAUAGGUAAAACAUUCAGUGUGUCCGCAUCAAGACUGCUGUUCCGGAGCACCGAUGCCAACUCGAACUUACUCGGUAGAGUCACGCAGCUGAACAGUGCCGGCAGCUCGCUGCUCACCACAUUUAUGCUCAAACAAUCCUCCUGCGCCACCAAAGCGCUGCACAUGCUUAAGCAGACGACCGGCGAUCCGUCGAGCCUCAGUGUCAUGGUCGUACAUUUUGGACCAAUCAGAUCUCAGGAUGACUCAGUGACGUCACCCGCGCCGGCGAUGGCGAGUGAGCUUCACGUCGUUAAGGACGUGCGCUAUUACGACGAGGACACCAUGUCCGUGCUGCUGCACCAGGAGACAGCGGAUGCUGUUCCAAUACUCGCCCAGGUGCCACUCUGCGAACUGAAGUCAUGGUCGUCGGUGGGAGGUGCUGCCGAUCUGACGCAGUGUUUACAAACGUUAGUACCAGUAGAUGGAUCUCACUUGCUAAACCCUACCAACUGCAGAUGCCUGGAGAACAUGAAGGCAGCAGCCCUGGCAGUCAGUGGAACACGCAAAGUGGCAUGUGUGCUGUUCAUGUCACGCAAGAGAGUUCGUCUAUUUGAGAUGGAUGUGGAAGAUGAGGAGGAGGACGAGGAGGAGGAGGAGAGUUUAGACAUGGCCGACGAGUCAAAGAUCGAUAUCUCUGGAACAAAAUCUCCAAGUGAUGAUGACAAGGAGAAUGUCAGCUGAAGAAAUAUCAUCGGUUUGUAGGAAGGUACAGGUGCCAUAUUAAUAACACCACAUGACUACACGUGCUGACUGAAUGUCGGAAGGAGUCUAUGUAAUUACACGAGUAUAGCAGCAUGUGCAGUAAAAUGUUGUAUAUAGCACUGUUUUGUACUGUAUCACUCAGAAAUAUUAUUAUUUUAACUGUUCAACACUAUUGCAUUUAUCAGAUUCUUUCUCCAUAAAAAAGACUCUUCAGUACAUGUACUUGUAUUUGAAUUACAUGCAAUAAAGAUAAAAUAAUAAUUAUAUA